CUGAGGACUGACGGCACGCGCGCUCACCUGAAGCAGACGGAGAGGUUAGAAAACACAGCACGAGAAAGAAGUAUCAGCACAACAAAACUCGAUGGCUUCAUGCAGCAGAACAGAAGUGGUCACUGUGGUGGAAAAGCAUCACUGAUCAGGAGAAGUUGGAUAUCAGUGAACGGCUGGUCAACUACAAGGGAAACUAAAAGAUGUUCUAACCCCAGCUAAAGUAUGAGCAGUAAGAUGCUCCACAGACCCCAGGAUUUCCCUUUACCUUGAGUUUACAGAUGGUGAUUAAUUCUAAAAGCAGCUCUGACAGUAGGGCAGCUUCACAUCACAGCUUUAUAUGAACACACUCACUGUGAUACCUUCUUGUUUCCAUAGUAACAACAUGGACAUUCACAACACACUCUACGGAUAAUUAAAUAAAUUGUUUGUUGACAUUUUGUUUUUUGUGACAUGUGAAAGGAGUCUCUAGUGUCAGCGCCGUGAAACAGUCAGAGGGUAAAACUGGAACUGUAGGUUUUUCUACAUCUUCAGGACACACACACACACACCAUUGUUUUCCUUUCCACUCUUUGUUUCACUUUCAUUUAAACCACAUUAUACCUGUUUCCUGAUGGAGAGCAGAAAAAAAGCCCCUCAGUUAUUAUUCCUGUAAAAAGGAAAUAUGAAUGAACUUUAUAUUUCCUGAGCAGUUCCAGUAAGAGUAUUUGAGAUUGUGCCUGAUGUUUGAAUGAUGAAGAAGAUCUACUCAAUGUUCUCCUCUCUCCAGGACAAACUGCACAGAGACAAAGGUGAAAAGAAAGCGUUGACCCCUGCUGUUGAUGCUCCGCCACCUUUUGAGUGCACACACACACUUGGGCGGCCACCAUUUUUUGAGUACCUGGUGGUGGUGAGUGUGAGAAAGAGGAGCAGUGGGGAUGAAGGCUAUGAGCCACAGAUCAUAUAUCAGUUCCCUAAAGCCAUCAGCCAAUCACAGCGUGAGAAGGAGGAGCUCUGUCUCAAGGCCAUCACACUCUUCUGCUUCCCUGAGGGGGUCAGCUGGGCCCCACUGACUGAGUACCACAGUGAGACAUUCUCAUUCGUCUUGACUGAGAUGGAUGGUAGCAGGAGGAACGGUUACUGCAGGAGACUGCUGCCGUUAGGUAAAGGAGCACGCCCCCCAGAGGCCUACUGCAUCAUCAGUACCCUUGCCUGCUUCAGCCUCUUCUCUAAGAUCUUUGACGAGGUUGAGAAGAGGCGUCAGAUCUCCAUGGCGAUGAUUUAUCCAUUCAUGCAGAGUCUCAGAGAAACACCGUUUCCUGCUCCGGGACAAACCGCCACAAUCAAGAGCUUCAUCCCUGAGUCGGGAACAGAGAUGAUCCGUCUGACUCGUCCAGUGGAUUCCUGGUUGGAACACGUCGAAUUUCGCUCGUUGUUUCACUGUUUAUCAGAUGAGGAGGUUCUGCAAGUUUUUGCUGCCACUUUGCUGGAACGACGAAUCAUCUUCAUCGCUGAGGAGCUCGGCACUCUCUCUCAGGUGUUACAUGCUGUUGCUGCUCUACUCUUCCCCUUCAUCUGGCAGCACACGUUCAUCUCCAUUGUUCCUAAAGUUCUCCUGGAUGUGUAUUUAGCACCAACGCCGUAUCUCCUUGGCAUCCAGAGGAACCUGCUGCAUCUUCUCUCUGAGCACACUGAUCUGCUUAUUGUUGACCUGACCAGCCAAUCAGAGAGCAAGUUUAUCACCAGAAUCGGAGAUGAGGACACGCUGAUCCCCAGCAGACUGAAAGAGGAGCUGCUACAGGAUCUCUGCAGACGGAAACACAACCCUACUGCAGAGGAGAUGAACAGCGUGGUGUCUGAAGCCUUCAUCAGCUUUUUCGUGAAAACUGUUGGACAUUUUGCAGAUCAUAUCAAGCAUCAGGGAGGAAACAAACAGUUGAGAACAUUCCAGAAAAAGAGCUUCCUCAAAGCUGUGGAGUCCAAGGAGAACCGGAACUUUGUCAGACAAUUCAUUCAGACACAGAUGUUCGACUUGUUCAUCCAAGAGGAGGAGAAACACGACAACCACGAAGGAUUUUUCCAUAAGAAAAUUUUGGAAUUUCAGCAGAGAAGAAAGGAGCGUCUGAGGAAUGGAGGAGCGAAGGGGCUUGUCGUAUGAAACAGAGUGUGUGUGUGUGUGUGUGUUUAUUAAUGCACAAACCAGUAAACAAGGCUUUAAACAGUAUAAAAAGAGUUUAUUUGUCUUUAUGUUUUAAAAACAUACAAUAUUGACUGUGUGUUUCAUAGCUGCUUGUUGCUGAACUUGACUGAAAAUAAAAGGUGGUGUAAAAUAAAGGCAGUGACAGUGAUGUGAUCCACAGAGACUGAGUGUGAUUAGCAGCAGUAAGAGUCCACAGUCAAGCUGCUAGUCACCAUAAACAACACAACAUCAAAUCAACACUGAAAAGUUCUGAAAAGACCUGAAGACUGAACCUUGUGCUUUUCAUGUUUUCACUUUGCAGCUUGUACCUCUGACUUUUUUUUAACUGAAAAUAAACAGCAGAGAAAUGCUAAUGUGACUAAUAAGUGAAAUGUUAAACUAAUUACUAUAAAAUCUCGUUUUACUAAUAAAAAGAUUUUUUCCAGAUUAA